AUGUUAUUACUGUGUCAAAACCUUCGUGGCUUCGGCUCGUCGGCUUGGUUCGGCAGAGUGUCUUUAUUUCCCAUUGCGCAAACCUCAACCCAGCUGUCUAAACGAAAAACAACAACAAACCCGCUAGAAACGUCACCUCACCCAUUUGACACUUACAUAAUUCUGUGCAACUCUGGAAAGCGCCGGCCAAUGAUUCGCAGCUUUUGGCAACGCUACAAAGUCGUGAUUCUCUUUCCAGCGCUAGCGUUUGGCUCGAUUGCGGCCGACUACAACUACACUCGGCAGUGGAAGAAGGCUCGGCUGGAGCACGGCCAACAGCAAACCCAACAAGCGUAA